CGACGAGUAAUAAACCAGUUGAGGUGAGAGAGAGAGUUCCAGUUUCUGGUAUAAGAAGUGGAGGAGUUUCCCCUUUUUUGAAGAAGAACAUGGAGUUCCAAAAUUGAAAUUGUAGAGGUCCACCUUUAAUUCUGUCGUCAAAAUACAUAGCCUACAAAAAUUGAGAAAGUGGUUGUUACAUCACCACCAUGGCAAGUGGAAAGCUUGUGAUGCCCUUUGAUAGUAGCCAGAAGAUGAAGUCCAGGUACCAGACCCUUGCGUCCGUCGGUAGCGACGAGCCGGAAGGGGAGGAGGCCAAGGAGUAUGCUGCUUUCUUGAGAGAGCAAGAGAGAAAAUGUGGUCCCGACGGCUACCUGGAUUCCAGCAAGUACACUCACUCCUUCCAGGUCAGAGGUCAAGUGCUUGAGGCCAAGAGCAACAAACCUAAGAAGCCUGAAGAUGAAGAACAGCCCAAACAAGCACAGAUUGGUUUGUUCGGGACUUCAGCCGGUGGCAAUGGCAAGAAAUUGGAAUUGAGGAGAUCCAAAAUCGACACGGUGGUGGAUUUAUUGAACAGAGUGGAAAAAGACAAGGAUGACUACGAGAAGAGAAUGAAAGUCAUCGAGGAUCACAUGUGGCAGCACAAACAGGAAGAGCGAGAGCUGAAGAGAUCAGAGGGAGACAUCAUUAAGAGUCAACACAUGCUACGAAGAACCAUGAAGGACUUUGAAAUUGGGAUAAGUCGGAAGAAGCAAGCAGAAGCAAGAAAGAUUCUAGAGAACAAGCAGAAGGAGUUCUUGAUCACGACGGAACACAUCCAAAAAAAGGAAAAUGCGACAAAAGAAAGGAUCGAGAAGUCCAUCAACAAAGAUCAACAGAUCAAAGAUGAAGAUAGAAAGUCUUACCUCACAAUUGGGGACCUGGAGAGGAGGUACCGCACAAAGAUGAGCGAGAUCGAGCUGAGACGAUCCGAGGUGCAGAAACUGAGCGAGGAGUUCACAGACCGUAUGAAGACCAAAGAGGAAGAAACCUUCAAGCUUAACAAGGAGCUUGCCGACAUCGCUCUGACCAUCAACAUGGAGGCCCAGAAGCAACGCAAGAUGGAGGUAGAAACUAAGAAGGAUGGAAGAGGAGACUCUAAGGACAAGAUCAAAACAGACAAUGAGAUGGAGGCCCAGUUUGAAGCCAAAAUAAGGAAGAACUUCAACAAGUCUGGUCAAUUUGAGACCAACAAAAGACGCCUGAGUCUAGACUUGGUCCAGUCCAACGUCAACAUGUUAGAAAAGAAUAGAGAUGGUGGCCGCCAGCUACUAGACACCAGAAAUCGUCUUCAAGACAACCAUGUUACCCAGCGGAAACUACAGGAGGCAGCGCUCAACGCCAAGCUGGACCUCACAAACAAGAAGAUAGAACAGAAACUCCAGAGUCACGAAGCCAGAAAAAGUCGCCGGCUUCAACACAUCACAGCACUGAAGAAGAAAGAGCACGAGAAAGAGUUAAUGGACUGGGAGGAGCGCUUUAGUAAGAGGCAGUACGACUCCACACGCAGAGGCUAUGAAGAUACGCUCAAACAUGCAAAGAGAACCGUAACAAAACAGGAAGAGAUCGAGCACGACUUGUCCACCCGGGUCAGAACAAGCGAGUACGCCCGCAAACAGAAAGAGCAACAGUGCAAGAGACUGCAACAGCAACUCGCCGAAUUGAAAAGAAAGAAUGCCCAACGGAUCAAGGAGCAGAUGAUCGAAUGCUCCCAACGAGAGAAAGAGCUCGAGCAGAAGAUCCUACGAGAGCAAUCCGAGUUAUUCAAGAGCCAUGUAAACCGUGAGGAAGGAUACGUAACGUUACAACAGCAUCGCAUGAUGAUGAAGGAGGAUAGAAUUAUUCUAGAUGGCACGGCUAAGGAGCAUGAUCGAUUAUUAAAGAUUGGUGAGAAGACGGAUCUACUAGGCAGCUACCCUUGAAGGUGUUUUUCUUCUUCUUGACCUUCGUGAUCUGUUUGACCUCCAACUUUAGCUUCAAGACCAAUCCGCUACUAACUUAAGUAUUCGAGCCUCCCUCAGGAAUAGUGGACUUUGAACCAGUGUGAUUGAGGUUCGAUUCCAACCCACCUCUAUCUAACUUGAACUUCAGGACCAAUCCGCUACUAACUUCAAAGCAUUCGAACCGCCCUCAGGAAUAGCGGACUUUCAACCAGUGUGUCCGAGGUUCGAUUCCGACCCACCAAAAAAUACUAUUAUGUGUGUGAGUGUAAGAUGCCGACGAGCUUUUGUCUUCAUAUUUACAGCGAGAAGGUUGAUGAUUUGCAACCAUUUUCAGCAUCAUGCCGUUUUUUUUUUUUUUUUUCUGACGCUUCGGGCAAAACAUUUUCCACAAUCAUCAGUCUUGUGAAUUUGUAUGUAUAUUUUAUCAAUUAAAGAAUUAUGCUAUUGGUUAAUAGUUGUAUAUAUUUGUAUCUACUUGUUUAACUGCUGUUUAUAAGUAACUUGUAUUUAUUUGUGUCUUCAUCACAAAGCAUCUGAAUAUAUUUUGAGAAACAUGUCACUUUGAAGUAAUGUGUUUUUGUAAAAGAUCUGUCUUCCUUUAAGAUCCACAUUCAGAACUUCUCCAAGAAAAGCCUCGCUAUAUUUUCAAAAGCUGUCUGUACAAUAUUUAGGGACAGCCAUUGGAUCGGCACCUUAUUGUUAAUAUUGAUUGAUUGACUGAUUGAUUGAUUGAUUGAUUGAUUGAUUGAUUGAUUGAUUGAUUGUUUGAUUGUUUGAAGGUCUGUUAUUAUGAUAGAUCAAACAUAUCUUUCGAUUGCCAUUUUUCACAGCUUUGUAACAAAAAAAUGCUUCCACGAGAUAGUAUUUAUAUUUUGAUCAAAUAAUGAUAUUUUUGUCAAUCACUUUCUAAUUUCAUAUUAUUUUGGGAAAUAACAUUGCAUUGAUCUCGUUAGCAACAGAUAGUUUAAAAUCUCCCAUUUUCCUCCUUGUUUCUCUUUUUCAAGCAACAUGUGCUCCCCCUUGAAAAAUAAAGAUAAUUUUUAUUGAGUGGAGGAAAACGAUGUUGACAUACAUAAGUAAACUAUUUUAACAAACCUCUUGUGCUUCAUACUUUCUGAGGAUAAAACAAUGCUUUUGUUUGAUAAUAAAAAAAUGACUGACGAGUCUUCAAGAGAUGUAGGAUGCAGACAAAUA